AACGAGCUGAUGCAGAGGGAAGAGGAGAGCGGUGCAACUUUAAAAGCCUCGAACGUCAUUAAUUGAACUUCAUUCAUGGCUUCUAUCAUGGAGCAACAGCAACGACACGAUAAAGGGCAUCAUCAACACAAACACGAACACGAUCCUCCUGACUUCAACUUGCGAGAAUGGGCUCUCAAGGCUCGCCUCUCUCGUGACUACACAAAUUCUCGAAGGUUUUCAGCUUCUCAUAUCACAAGUUUCCGAGAAGACGCCCCGUCUUUUAGAUCAAACUUCACUAUUUCUAGCACUGCCUCUUCUCCUGGCUACUCUUUAAAAGAAGAAAUUGACCCGUCAACCUACUCCUUCACCACUGCUCUCAAAGCGUUGCAAGCUAGGACGGCUUAUAAUAGUUGGGAAUGUUUAUCACCAGAUGGGUUUGCUUUGAAUUCUAAGUGGAAUGAAGCUGAGAAGUAUAUAUGCAACCCUCUUUCAGGAGAGUUUCCAAUGGAGUGUUUAUCUGCAAAAACUCUCAGUGGAAGAUCAUUUCGUAAUUUGACUAACAGAAUUACCAUGUCUGCUCCUCUUGUUUAUAACUCGUCUCACCAUUCAAGAAAUAUGCAAACUAAUAAGCCUUCUUCUAUCACUAUGCUAGAAGAAGAUAUUGAUCAGUUUCCAAUUCCAGAGAGCAAAAUGGAGAAGAUGACUAGAGAUGUGGGAACUCAAAGCACACCACCUGAGCUCAGUUCUGCUAGUCCAAGCCCUGCUUCCGCCCCUUCAAUCAUGGAGGGAUCGUUGAAGCAUUGCGAAGCAGAAGGCAAUGGAGAUUCACCUAUUUCUAAUGCAAAGAUAAAAUUUGAGGAAGAGGUUGAACUGAAAGAAACAAGAGAUAAAGAAGAGACAAAAGGGGAUAAUAAAGAAGAAAUGUGGAUAAAGAAAAGAGAAGGGUGGUGCUGGCGCAGCAGCAGUGUGCAAGGUGGGUGCUUGUCAUGGAUGAGAAAAAGGCAUAGAGAAAAACACAAACCAAGAAGAAAUAAGCACAGUAUCUUUCUUCCUCCUCUUAAAGGGUGCUAAAUUAAAUAGCUGGAAAUGGUAAAAGAAUAUUGAAAGAAAAUGAAGUUUCUCUCUCAUUCUCCAUAAGUGAUUGUGCUGUGUGUGUGUGUUUGUGUGAUGGGGAAAAAGAGGGCAAUCAUGAUGUGGCAGAGGUGAAAGAUUAUUUGUUUCAAUGGUAGAGGUAGGAUGCUUUUGCUGUAAUAUUUUUGUUGCUGUUAUGGUGCAAAUGGCUGACAACUUUUUAGCUUCACGUGUAUGCCUUUUGUUUUGGCUUUAGAAUGGUAAGGUUCUCUAGGGCCACCCCUCCUUUUUUU